AUUUCUAGUGUUGAAUGCAAAAUGGCUUAUGAAAAAUAUUGUUAAUGAGGUUAUAAAUCUAAAAUGGGAUAUGGCAGAAAAUUUAGGGAAGACUGCAUUGCUGACUGGUAUCACACAACAUGCCUUGGAAGAACUGGUAGAAGAUGAUGUUCCCAGGAAACCCAAAACUGACGGUCUAUAUAACUCUUACAUGAUAAUGAGUGAUAGUUCCCUUACACAGAGGGACAAUGAGCUCCAACACGCCAGUGAUAUGUCAACCGAGUCCAACAACAGCAGCACUGUCAGGGUGGACAUAGGUGAUAUAGAUGGAGAGGAGAGUUUGAAUCUGACAACUACAACACUUAAGAGGUGCAAACAGCAGGUGCUUCGUCCAUACUGGCGACUUCUUAUGUUUAUUGGAUGGCGGGGGUUCGGCAGGGAGUCUGUUCACUUUACCAGUAAAAGAUUGACUGUGUUGAACGUCGUGUACCCUAUAUUUGUUGUCUGCUUGUUACUGUAUACCUAUGUUUAUGAGAUUGUUGCGUGUCAAUGGAAACUGGAUCUUCACAAGGAUACUCAGGUCAUCACUACAACUACCACCACUCCUGAGUCCACAGAAGCAAAUAUUAGUACCACAAUGACGGGAGGUCAGAGUGUGGCCACACUGACCUUAGGCUCACCCCAGAAUCUCACCAGCAUGCACUGGAUCGCCCCGUCUGAGCGUCCCGAGGCCUGUAAGCACAUCAUCACUACGUACGUCAUUCCCAACACUCUCCACUUUGUGGCAUACAUUAUGGGGAUGGUUCACUUCAGACUACAAGAGAAUGAACAACUGUAUGCCAUCAUGGAAAAGGUUUUCCUACAAGCCACACCAUCAUAUAGCAGAACAGCAUCCCAGCAAAAGAUGAUCAAGAAGCUUAGGAUACUGAUGGCCGUGGGUGCAAUCUGGGUGGCUGUCACGUUAGUGAUGCAGGGACUGUAUGAGUUUGCCUUUGACUUCCCCAAACUGCUCUUCUUUAAAAAAGUAGGUAUGACUGUUCAUUGGGUGCUAUUCAGUAUUGAACUACUGGGAAUCCUUAUCCUGAACUCGGUGACAUUGGCAGUGAUAGCAAAUUAUGUUACACACUGUGAGAUGGCCCUGUUCUACCUGAAGGGUCUGGCUCUCAGAUUGCAGGAGAAGUCCUCAGAACUCAAGGCAGCAAUGAAGGACCUUCUGUUCAUCAAACAGAACGUGAGUUUACUGAAUGGACCAGUGGCGAGAAUGACUGCUCUCAUAUCCGUCAUAUUUGCUGAACUCACUAUCAUUGGUAUUGUUAUUCUGGUACUGAACAAAAAUGAUUCCUUAAAAGUGUGGAUAUACAGGAGUUUCUUCCCUUUAGUUUGGCUCUUCAUUCUUGUUGCUCCAUUGUACCAGGCAGCUCGAGUGAACUCGGUGUCAAUAAGAAUGAAGAAAAUAGCCCUAGAGAUGAAGGUCUUUGGGUACAAGAAUUCCUCACAGCUAGAACUGGAUUCCUUCAUCUUGUUUGUCAGUGAGGCUAGGAUGAAGGCUAAGCUUUUCCACAUUCCCAUUCUGCCUCGGUAUCUGAUAGCAGUGUUUGUCCUAGGCUCCUUCAUUCUUCUGGUCCUGUUCCAAACCAGCGUCAUAGGUCCUGUCAACUACUGGUUCUAGUCAAUGACAAGAAACUCACACAAGUACAGGCCCUGUCAACCACUAGUUCUAGUCAAUGACAAAGAAACUCACACAAAUACUCGAGGAUAGUCAAUGACAAAAAUCUCGCACAAAUACUCGAGGAUCAGCUGUGAUCCAGUGAGGCUUAGUUUUAUUGGUCCGCUACCAAGAAAGACGAAGGCAAUAACUAGUUUCUGCUCCGUCUGUACGUGCCACUGUCCUUCUUUCAAAACUUUAUUCUCUAGACUUUUUCCCUCAUCAUGCUUUGAUGAAGGGAGCUGGAAUUUUGUUUAUGAUAUGAUAAUAUAUGUUUACAGAUAAAGUUUUAAGUUUUGUCACAGUUGACUGAUCGAUUUUGAGAUUUUUGUAGUGAAGGUAGUUUCGUAGACUUUUUUUUCUAUUCUGCUUUAAUUUAGGAAACUGAAAUUUGAUAUGUGGUUUUCUUAUAAGGAGAUACAGAUUACACCUUAUUUUCAUUGUUGACUCAUUCUAACAAAAAUUGUAAGACAUAGUUUUAUGGUUGAGUGAACGUCUUUAAGUCUUGUAGUCUGUCUAGUUCUCUGUACCUUUUUUUGUGAAAUCCAUGUAAGUUACUGAAAUAAAAUUCAUCUUCAUUCUUUUUUAUAAUUAAACAGUGGACUGUUGGCAUAAGAUCAUUCAGACAGAUUAUUCAUGUAAAAUAUCACGUGAACAAUUAAACCUGUGGGGGACAUAUAUUGCUUGCUAUACUUACAGAUUUUGCUUGUUUAAAUUCAGUUACUAUGAUAAAUGUCUUAGUGUUGAUUGUAAAUGAUUUAAGACUGAUUACUCCAAAACAAUUGGUGUCAAGUUUUUGAUGAUGUUCAGUUUUCUUCUUUUUUAUAUUUGAAUGACAAAAUAACUCUAAUAGAAGCCUGGGGGUGGGUGGGUGGGUGGGUGGGGGCAAAAUCACUCUAAUAGAAGCCUGGGGGGUGGGGGUAAAAUCACUCUAAUAGAAGCCCGGGGGAUGGGGGUGGGGGAUUUUUACCAUUAGAUAACAAUGAUAUGUACUACCAAACACUCCAUGUAUUACUGUGUUCAUGUUACAAUGAUGUCACAAUAAUUGCUAAUGUCAUUUUAAUAAUAAACUGUUUGUUUUUGUGUAUGCAUUUCACUUAAUAUCUUGUCACACUAAAAUAUUGAUGAACUCUGACCUCAUAUUUUGAAGCACAUAUUGGUGUACAUGAACAUUCUCUAUGUGUAGGUAAUAUCUACUUAUGUAAGUUACACAGCUCGGUGUAAUAAUUAAAUUACCUGGUAUCUUUGUUUCGAUUGGUAUGUUUGACAAUACACAAGGAGAUUGGAAUUUGAUAUUUAUAAUGUAUGGUGUUUGCUGUAUGACAAUCUGCACAAUGAGAUUGGGAAUUUGAUAUUAUGUAUGGUUUGAUUGGUAUGUUUGACAAUACACAAGGAGAUUUGGAAUUUGAUAUUAUGUAUGGUUUGAUUGCUGUUUGUGUGAUUGCUAUAUGGUUUUUUUUAUGUAUGCUUCACUUUAUACACAUCCAAAAUAGAAUGUCAUUUAUGGUUGUUUCAAGGGAGGAAACUCCUGUACUGUAUACACAGUGUAGGAUUCUGCUGAGAGUUGUACAUUAUUGUGUUAUUACUGUGUAUUUGUAGUCAACUUCAAUUUAUAAUUAUACACAUGCACUUAUAGAUCAAUAUACAUCAAAGACUGUUCUGUGAUAAAUAAUUGUUAAAAAUCAGCCAUUACUUUGUUGAAUAUUGGAUUUAUAUUUAUGCAAUGAUAAUCUAUAUUAUACAUGUUGUAAGUAACUUUACAAUAUGAUUGCUAUAUAUUAUGUUGUGGCUUGUCUCUGUUACAUUUGUAGCUGAGAUACCAAUACAAUUUGUUGAAAUGUUAAUAAAAUAAUUGUGAAUUUCA